CCCGUCCGAACGGCAGAGCGCCGCGUCUUCCCCGGCUCACGGCGCGCUUUCUCCCUCUGGUUCCGACGGCUCCGACUGAUGAUGGCACACCCACAAACAGUCACGCCACCCACCAGUUCCUGGAACAAAAAUAAAAAAACUUGGGAGGGCCCGGGCUUGGAACUGCGGGGGCAAAUGCGAGAGCUGGCCGUCCGCUGGGAACGUGAGCAAGUUCGCGGAUCGGUGGGAUUUUUUUAAGACUCAGAACGGGAGGACCGGCCACAGGAUUUGUCAGUUGAAUAAGAUCUGUGAGGAAUUUUAAACGCAAGGGCCCACAGAGAUAUAGAGAUAAAGAAAGUUCAGGAGGCCAGUCCACAUCCUCACGACUUAGCAAAGAUGGAUGCCAAGGAGAAGAAACAAGCCAGUUCUUUGAGCCAAUUCUCUUUGAUGAGUGACUUCUCAAAAGAGGAACCUCCAUAUUUCAGCAAUGAGGAAAGGAAUCUGAUACCAGUUUCAACAAAAUCCCCUGUUGGUGGGCCAAAGGCAAAAACAGCAGAAUAUGACCUCAACCUCCCACCGCUGAUUGAGGACUGGACCAUAGAGCACGUCAAAGACUGGCUAAUCAUUAGACUUAGAGUACCAGAGCAAAUUGCACAAAAUCUAUAUCACCAACAGUUGUCAGGAGCUUGCCUGGUCUCCUAUGAGAAACAGGACUUGUUAGAACUAGGUGUUCCACCAGCUCCAGCAAUACAAAUCAUACGACAGGUGGAGAAGUUCAGGAGGCAUUCGGAGACUUUUGAGCCAAGUGUGAGAACACCACUAAGUCAUUAUGAAGUCAGCAAAGGUGAACUAUGGAAAAGUACAGAGAUGCAGUUUGUGACAGGAAAUAUGGAUGAAUCCAUGGAAACUGAAACGGUGUCAUCAGAUUCCGGAAUUCAAAGUCUAAGCUCUACAGUGGAGAUGUUGCGGAGAGCAAGAAGCAGAAUAAGAUCUGUAAUAGAUCGGAAGACAACAAAUGACACACAAUUACAUACUGAAAUUACUGAAAGUGCAACAUUUCUACAAUUAAAGACGCCAAUAUGUCAGAUCCGGCCCUUUGACAAAAGCAACCCCAACAUCUUCUACAUACAGAAUGACAUUCUUCCUCCUGUAGCUGGUCCAAGUAAUCUCCUUGAUCCUGUGCAUGAGUACCAACUUCUGCCCAGUGCAGAUGAAGCCAGUGAAAGAGAGAUCCUUUAUGAAUUCACAAAAGAAGUAUUUAGUUUUGCUGCGAGCUGUAUGAAUUCACGAACCAAUGGCACAAUUCAUUUUGGAGUGAACAACCAGCAAGGACAGGGACAUGGUCAAGUAGUUGGACAGAACAUCACCUCUUUCAGUAAGUAUAAUGAAGCAUUUGAAUCAAGUUUGAGUGAAUACUUCGAAGUACAGAACGUAAAUGCUGCCAGAAUGUGCAUCAGGCCUCCAAAUUUCAUACAAGUUCACUCACAAGAUGGAACAACUUCUAACAAAUGGGUGAUUGAGGUUGAUGUAGUUCCAACAUAUUCAGAGACACAACAGAAUAUUUUCUAUACUCUAUUGAGUAUUGCAUCAACAGAAAAUAAACAACAAUGCAAAACUGAAUGCCUGUUUGUGCGGGAUGGCCUGAGGUCAAUCAACAUUUUAGCAGAUACUAAUCCUCGGAUAGUCCAAGAGAAGAUGAAAAGUUUGGCUGAUAAAGUCCAGUGUUGGGCUUCAGCACGAAAGGCAGCAGAAGAAAAGGAUGAAAAGCAACCCUCCCAAAGCCACCAGGGUCAAAGGUUAAAACAGCUGAUAACACGUGGAAGAGAUGCAUUCGAGAAUUCCCUUCAAGUUAUUGUUGUCACAGACAAAUGUCAUUCAAGCCAACUUGAGCACUUGGAUUUUCUGAAAGAGAUUAAGUUGUUUGCAGUACUCGAUUUUGACCCAGAGUCUGAUGUGAAUGGAACAUGCAGUUUUUACAGAGGAGAUCGUAUAGCCAAUCUGCACUACCCACGCAUGUAUACCACGCAGGAGAGUGUAACUGCAAUCAUUGGAAAACUGAACUUGUUUAAGCAAACAAGUUGGAUUUUCUGCAAUGGACGUGUAAAUGAAGAGGAUGACACAGACAAGCCACUAACACCCAGUGAAUGGCUUAAAAAACGCUCUGGUGAUGUUAACAACAUGGUUUCAUUGCUUUGCAACCCAGAUUUGCUUUCCAAGGAUAGACUCCUGGUAUUCAUCCUUCACUCACCAGUAACUGACAUCUCAAGCCCUAUUUUGGAGACCUUCUGUGCAAUCUAUCGCACGCUGGAAGGGGUUGACAAUAUGUUAUGCAUCUGCAAAAACUCCAAUAUAUUCAGUCACUGGCAGCACCUGAUUAAGGUUCGCUGUAAAGAGGAUAUCACCAGUAUAUGCAUCCAUGAACUGAGUCUGAAUGAAAUAUCAAGCACCAUCAAAAAGCUUAAAGAACCUCAAACACAAUCUUCCAUGAGAUUCUUGCCCUCCACUGGCUCAAGCUCUGUGCUGCUGGCAAAAAAAGAUGAGGAGCUUAUGACUGUUUUGGACAUCUUGUGUGAAAAUGAAUGUCAGAACACAGAAAUUGAAACAAAGGAUUCCUUUCAGGAGUUCAAAAUGAAAAUAGAAGAGGACUUUUACAGAGGAGGACAGGUCUCAUGGUGGAACUUUUACCUUUCUGAGAAGAAAGACAGCCUACCAUUCAUCAAACGAGACAAAUUCAAUGAGCUACAUGACCUGAUCACACCUGUGGAAGGCUACAAAUUUCCAUGUGUUAUGAUCAAUCUCUUCCAUCACCCUGGAUGUGGGGGAACAACUCUAGCAAUGCAUGUUCUUUGGAACUUGAGGCAUAAAUUCAGAUGUGCUGUUGUCAAAAACAACAUGGCAACAAAUAAUGAAAUUGCAUCCCAGGUCAUGAUGCUGUUGACAUAUGGUAAACAGGAGCAGUCAAGAUAUACACCUGUUCUCCUCUUGGUGGACAACUGCGAUGAUGUAGAGGACCUAAAGCAGUGCAUACUCAAUAGUGUCAGGCAGCGACAUAACAGUCUAAUGGUAAUAAUACUAAACUGUGAGAGGAGCCAGUUCCCUGACGAGAGCUCCAUGAGUAGUCGCAUUGCGAAUGUGUUCAUCACCAACAAGUUGUCAGUCAAAGAGCAGAGUUUGUUUUCUGAGAAGUUGGAACAACUGAAAAACUACCAUAGAAAACCUGAGACCUUCUAUGCCUUCAUGAUCAUGACAAAUAAUUUCAGUGAGGCGUAUAUCACGAAAGUGGUAAGCAACAUUGUUAAAGAUCUUGACAUCACUACCCAAAAGGGUAGGCUUUUCUCCUUCCUAGCUUUGCUAAACAGGUAUGUCAAUGGAUCCCAUAUGUCACUCUCUUUGUGUGAAGAGUUACUGGGGAUAGGGAAUGCUCUGUGGAAGAAAGAAACUCUUGAUGAUGAAAUGAAUCCCUAUUCUACACUGAUGAUCACUUUCACUGUCGAAGAGCAUGGCACCUAUCGAGCAGUACGAUUCUUACACCAAAUGAUUGCUAGGAAGUGUCUUGAAUUCCUUACCAAGAAAUACAAGGUUUCUCUGGCUGAGAUAGUUAUAAAUAUUUUGCACUGUGACAGACUCUACAAAUCAUGCAUGGGAAAGGAUUUCCUGGUCCAAAACAUCCAAAGCAUGCUCAUCACACGUCACCGAAAAGCACAAGGAGAUGACAAAGACACAUUGUUUUCUCCAUUGAUUGAAGACAUAGAUGACGAGGAAGGACCUGACAAAAUCAAAGAAGUCUUAGAAGGGGCCACAGAGAGGUUUGACAGAAGUGCAACAUUGCCACAAGCACUUGCAAGACACUUUUGCUUGAAAGAAAAAGACUUUAAGUCUGCCCUCAAGUGGGCUUUGGAUGCACAAGGGAAAAAUUCUAAUUCCUACAUUGCUGAUACAGUCGGACAAGUGUACAAGAGCCACCUUAAAAAGGAAAUUGAACAUUCUGAGCAUCCCACUCCUGAAGCACUUGACAAGUGCUUAACAUUAGGAUUCAAGGCUGUAAAUGCAUUUCGGGAUUCACAGGAGCUAGCCAAGAAAGAUGAACAAGUAGAUCCGUUUGAUCUAUACACCAGAAAGAGACCAAAGUCCUACAAUAUAUCCGGCUAUGUUGGAGAAACAGAAGUCAUGAUGGCUCUUCUUGACAUCAUUAAAGAUAUUCCUCUUUUUGCUGCCAGUGAAAGACAUAAAAGAGAUCAAAUGCUACAGUUUCUCAGAGAUCACCACCCAUUGAGCAAUUUAUAUGAUCACAGCAACACAACCAUGAACCAGUUUGUGGCUGUCCUGAUAGACCAUGAGAAAUUCCUGAUCUCAUUGAAGUCAAGGCUGAAAGAAAUGUUCUGUUUUUUUGAGACCUACUUCCAAUACCUAAAGCCUAGGUCACAGGAGAGGGAAUUAGCUGAUGAAAGACACAAACGAAAAGUAUCUGAGUACUUCAAAAGGUACAUUCAAAUAUUCAGUAGUUCGGAAGAGGAGAAAGCAUCUGAAACAGCCAGUAAACCCAAACUGAGUCUUCAUCAGACCAUUGUGGAGCAGAGGUAUUAUCUGGAAAUGAAGCGAGCAGACUCGUUUGCUGGACUUCUGCAGUGCUUGAGUGACAAAAGUGGGAUGGAAAUGGAGCAUAUUCUCAAAAAGUGGCAGUUUAUAUUUGACAACUCACCCAGAGGAUGUGUUACAGAUACAGUCAACUUCAUCCUGGCCAACAUAGUUCUGCACAACAUCAAGUCCUCUUCCAAACUGCUGAAAAAAUAUGAAGAUUUGGUUGGCCUUCUGAAUGAAGAACUGCAAAAGGAGGGUACUCAUUCAAAAUUAACAGAGCUGUACUACCUCUCCAUGUUGCUCAUGUGGCCUACACAAGACCGAAAGCUUGACAACUCUGCGACAUACAAAAAUAUCAGCACGUACAUCGCAUCAGCAAAAAAAUCUUUUCAUCGGCGCUUCUCUCACAUGUUUCCAGCAAGGAGUUCUAUUGCUCACUUCUUCCUUGGGAAAUCCAGUGGACUUAAGCGAAUAGUUUCCAAAGUGAGACUUGAUCAAAUGUUGAAGAAGGAAGACUCUUGCAGUAGCCAAAGUAGUCAAUCACGUAACCUUCACUAUCUCUGGCAGAGUGGCGCAGCAUGGAAUGAGCCGGAGGUCCAGAGGAAGCUAUUAAGGAUUAAAGGGAAAUCAGAAAAUGGUGACAUUUAUGUCAACUAUGGUGGCAACAUGAAAAUGCAGGUGCGUCCUGUUUACCUGGGUGAUAUUCGCAGUGGACACAGUCGGGAAGAUGUGUCUUUCUACCUUGGAUUCACCAUGGAAGGUCCUGUGGCCUAUGAUAUUAAGUAUGAAAAUGACCAAGGAACAAAUUUAACUUGCAGAUAUUAACAGUUGUUUACCUGCAAACAUUUACAUAAAGAGGGUGGACAAAAAAAUAUCAGCCACGUUAAAAAACCCAAGGAAGUGGUAUAACCGUUUCAUGAUUAUGAGCUCAUUUUACAAUAGCAUGAACACAUGGAAAUAAAACACACUGUAUCUCACAGAUUAAAAACCCACAUUCAUAAUCUUCUUGACCAAAUGUCAUUAAAAAUAGAAUAGAAAGAGGUACAGUGCUCUACCAAACUAAUAGGUGCAUCCUUGGAAAUUAAUUAUCAGUCUUUGUGGUAUAUUUCAUAGCAGUGAAACUGAUCACCAGUUAAGAGCUAAAAGAAACACUCAACAUUAUGGGUGACUAGCUGUGGGUUACCCUGGCUGCCUUCUUUACACGGAGUCCAACUGAUUUGAGAAUCUAACCAUUUAAACAGUUAAUUAUGAUUACAGACUGAAGGAACAUUAAACAAUGCUGAGCUUAUAUUGGAUACAUUGUUUAUUUCAUCAUCAUUUUUAUGUCAUUAUAUAUGCUUAUAUAAUUUUCUACCUUUGUUAAAGUGGCCAUACAUUUAAAAUAAGUUACUCUGUUAUUUGAGUUAGUCCGUGAACCACAUACUAGCCACUUAAGACAACCGAGUUCAGCUACAAGUUGGUUUAUUACCGACAUUGCUGAGGGAUAUUCAAAGUAAUUUUUAACUUUUUAAUGCAUUAUAUUUGCCAUUGAGAAAGACAUUUUUAAACAUUUAGAAUCUGUAGUAUUUUCUCACAGAGACCUCAAUAAUGGGAAAACCCAACCCUACAUGCACGUGUCUUUUACUAAAACUGAGACUGAUGUCUUAAUUUAUGGUGUUAUGUCAUGUUUAUCUCUGCUCAGUCACGAUUUGCUUAAUAUACUCUGUUUCAUGUUCAUUUUUAAAGAUUGUUGCAAUUUAAUUUAGAUAUUUGUAGAGCUUACAUAGUGUUGUAUUGAAGUUAAGUUCACAGACGUACGUGUAUACAUUUGACGUCAUGAUGAUAUGAUGUACUGUUAAAUACAGAUAUUUUUGUCAAAG